AUGCGACGCCUCCUCGCCCUGCUCGGCACUGCCAGCGCCCUCGUGCCACCGCCACGACAAUUACUAAGACGCCCGUAUCAAAUCCAGCCGGCACAAAUGACCCCGGAGCUCCAGACCGCCCUCACGCUCAACACGGGCCUAGCAACAAUUGGCACGUUGGCGGGCCAGAAGCAACUCACGCCGACAGGUUUAGUCCACGCCUGGGCCCUCGGCGUGAUCCUCUGGUCGAGCUUCGUGGGGUGGCGCGGCUACUCUUUAUGUGUAUUAUACUUGGUGGUUGGCAGCGCAGCCACGAAAAUAAAACAAAAGCAAAAGGAAGCGCAGGGCAUCGCGGAAGGUCGAGGCGGCGCUAGAGGUCCGGAGAACGUCUGGGGGUCGGCCGCGACCGCCGCUAUGUGUGCGUUGUACGGCUUUCGCAAGCCUUCACUCAGACCGCUCCUCGCCGUGGCCUACGUAUCAUCGCUAGCGACGAAGUUGUCCGAUACUCUAGCGUCGGAAGUCGGCAAGGCCUACGGCAAGACGUGCUAUUUGUCCACCACUCUGAAACGCGUCCCGCCGGGAACGGAGGGAGCAGUGUCACUAGAAGGUACUUUAGCUGGCUUCGCGGGCUCCGUCGUCGCCGCUGCCUACGCCGUCGCCGUGGGGCUGACGCCUCGUCAAGCGAUGGCACCGGUCAUCAUAGCGGCCUUUGUGGCGACGACGUGCGAGAGCUGGUUGGGGGCGGGCGCGCAGGGCCGCGUGCCGUGGCUGACGAACGAGGUCAUCAACUUCCUCAACACGCUGAUUGGGGCCGGCGUCGGCGCCGCGCUGUCGUUUAGGCUCUUUAA